AUGAACCAGCAUUGUUCUCGUUUGGUUUGCCAAGCUACCCUCCCGAUAGGCCGACUCACAGUGUCUACACGUCACUUUUUGCUCGGCCCUGUGGCUCAUGGACUAGAGUGCAGUCGCUUACUUGUGCUCAAUAAUGAGGGUCCCGGACCUGUGAUCUUCAGGUUGGCAGUUGCAUUGUUGCCUUCCGACAAAUCAGUUAGUCAUAAAGCCGCUUCUUCUUGUAAUGCAACUUUGGCUGAUGCAAUAACUUCAAAUGAAUCUGCGAAAUCAGCUGAGAUAGGGGCUAUCAGCUCUAUCUCAGAGCAAGGUCACUUCACGCACUGUUCCACUCGGCCAACCCACAAAGGUGUGACAGCGAACCGAGAUCUAAAGGAGACUACUGCGUGGGUCGAGCUAAAACCUGAUCUCUGGCAGGGCGAGGUGACACCUCGUGGCAAGAUGGAAAUCAAGGUGUGUAUAAAUCUGUAUAUUUAG